GAUGAUGCGCUGAGUACACCGUCGCCAUUAUAUGACGAAGACGAUAGUGAAGCAUUGACGGAAUUCCCGACGAAAUUCGCCGGAGAUGGUUGGGAGUUAAUGGUGAGGCAUCCGAUAAAGAAGAAGAUGAUGGGCGAUCGCUACUGGAAACCGUGCUUUAUAAAAUUGAUCGGUAGCACACUGCAACUGUGCAAUUCUCGAACAGAUCAAAAACCCUUUCAAGAGAUCGUGCUACAGGCGACCUAUUCAUUGUCUGAUACGACUUUACAAGCGUACGAUGUGUACGGUAAAAUUCAUACAGUCAAGCUACAGUACGUAUUGUACAAAGAACGUGUCGGCAUAAGGCCAGGUCAGAUCAGUCGUUUGGUCGAGGGCCAUAUCACAAAAUAUGGUUUGCCAUUGGAACAUUCGGCUCAGUGUACAGUGUUGCUCAAGUUUGGUUCACUGAAUGCUGGUGAAUUGUCGUCGUUCGUUGCGACCGUUGAGGAUGUUCUCUUCAAGUGUAUCGCAAAACGAGAUACGGCUCCUAUCUAUAAGCAAGACGAAGUUCAGGUUCACUGCUAUGAUGAAUACUACGCUUAUGUGGAUAAACAUAAUAUAUUGAGCGAUCAAAAGGCUCGUGUGCGUCUGUUUUGUUUGGCGUUCCUUUCUGGAUCACCGUUAAUCGAGGUUGGAUUGAAUGAUCGACGACGACAGGGAAAGGAAAUUGUUCGUCGUAAAGAUAUUCUCCCGAUGUAUACGGAACGAUGGAUUCGCUUCGAGAAUGUUGAGUUCCAUAACACGGUCGAUGCGGACACAUUCGAUAAAGAGCAAGUGAUACGAUUCUCACCACCAGACGGAUGUUUCUUUGAGGUGAUGCGUUUCCGAAUAAGGCCGCCGCGAAAUCGGGAGAAACCGUUAUCGGUAAACUGUGUCAUGAAAAUCGCCGGAUCUAAAAUUGAAAUCCGUCUUGAAGCAAUGGUGGCCGCUCAGACAGAGAAAACAAAAGGUGGUAGGGUAGCAAAACGUCAAAUCCCAUGUGAAGAUAUUCAGAUCAGAUUCCCAAUUCCGGAGGCAUGGAUAUAUUUGUUCCGUGAGGAACGUCAUUGGGGUGUUGGCUCGGUGCACGCAAAAGUCAGACGUCCUGGGAAAGUGAAGGUUGGAAAAAAUGGAUUUUUAUCAUUUGUUGUCAUCGGAACUUUUUUGACGACACAUUUUCAUGUUAUUGAUAUACGCCGUGAUGAAGCUGCCGAUGUGCGAUUCCUUUGA